AUGGCACCGCAAAGUGGUUACAGCGUGAGCUGGGCGCUCGCGGCGUUCAAACACUACGGCUAUGCUGCCUUCAGGCGGUAUCGGCAGUUGGGCAUUCGCGGGAAGAUCUUUCUACUUUGUUCCCUAGCCAUAUACAUUGCCAUCCCGACUACGUUCAUUGUCGUCGGACCGGGGCGCAUCGGCCAGGCGCUGUAUGACCUCGCUCAGAAGAUCAGUCACUUGUGGUACGGUUCCUUGAUCCUUCUCAGCGUACUAGUGGUCAUCUCGUUCCCUCCUUGCAUCGGGCACUCGACCGUGUGCACGCUAUGCGGCUUUGCAUACGGCUUGAAGGGCUUCCCUCUCGCAGCCGGCGGGUCAUUGUUAGGCUCCGCCCUCUGCUUCACCGUCCUGCGAUUUCUUUUCAGUCGGAAACUCCACCAAUGGUCAGCCUCCAAUGAGAAAUGGCAGGCCCUCGAGAUCGUCGUUGACGCGAAGGGCCUGCCGCUGAUCACGCUCAUCCGCGCGUCACCAUUCCCGCCAUGGGUGUACUCAAAUGCGCUGUUCGCUUCUAUCAGGGCAGUCGCUCUCUGGCAAUUCUGUAUCGCGACGUUCGCGACGUUCCCAAAGGUCGCGCUGCUGGUCUUCGUAGGCUCGCGUCUCGCGGCGCUGUCUGACGGCGAGACUCGAAACCAUAUGGAUACGUCCACCAAGUGGCUGAACGUAGGUCUCUCCGUCGGCGGCCUGCUGCUAGGGAUGACAGCUAGCGUCAUCGUCUACCGCGCAAUGCAAGCGGAGAUCCGCCGCCUCCAGGGAGUCUCUCCGGACGUAGAGGAGCUGGCUGCCGAGGCCAUCGAGGAAGCUGUCGAAGACGCGGAGGAGGGUGCACCCCUUCUUGGACACCCGCGAUAG